GCUAUUGCCUUCUCUCAGGAGGAGUGGGGGCUCCUUGAUGAGGAUCAAAGACAUCUAUACUGCGAUGUGAUGCUGGAAGUUUUUGCACUUGUAUCAUCUGUAGCCAUCCUGCUGGCCACCAUCCUCACUCUCUCUGUAACCAACAUUCUGCACAACUUACCCAUGUCACCAGCAAACAAACCCUGCUGAAUUCUGUUGGCAAAAGAAUGACUCUGUGAUACCUCUUCUGUUCCAUGUGGCACUUGUCACGUAUGUAUCAUAUUUUGUUUGAGGUCCUCCUUGUUUUUGAACUUCAGUAGCCCAGAACUUCAUAGCUUCAUCUUGUAAAUCCUUCCUGCAAAUCUUUUAUUUUCAUCCAGUUGCAUGAAGCCAAGGUAAUAUGAGCAACACAGUUUAGUAAUGGGUCUUCCCCCUGUCGCCACAGUCAACUUUCAUUUCCUCACCAUUUUUCUGUUUGCAGGUUGUUGGCAUAAAAAAGAAGAGGAGGAGGAAUGUUCUGAUGGGAGUGUUUCUGUACAAGUGGAGUCAAAAUUCAUGGCUUCUAAGACAGUGCCACCAACCCAGAAGACCCACCUCUGUAAGCAUUGUUUCUCAGUUUUAAAAGAUAUUCAACUGACUGAGUCACAAGCAGCAUACUUUGAGCAGAAAGCCUUCUUCAGUGACACAUGUGUGAGAAACUUCUGUUCCAAUGCAAACCAUCACCAGCAACAGAGGGAUACCAGUGGAGAGAAGUCCUGGAAAGAAGCUAUGGACAGGGACUUGUUUGUGACCAGGUGCAGCUUCUACUUGUCAGGGGUGCCUUCAACCACUGGGGAGGCUGGGAAAGACUGGCCAGCCAGCUCAGGGUUGUUGCAGCCCCAGGCAUCUCUUAACACUGAGGAGCCUCACAGGGGCAAUGAGAUUUCACAGAAAUUUCACAAUGUAAAAAGUCAUCAUCAGUGGAACAAACAUGAAAGUGCUGCAAGCCACAGAUAUAAAUUUGUUCAACAUCAGGGUGUCUGCUCUGGUGAAGUGAAAUAUGAGUGUAACAAAUGUGGGAAAGUUUUUAGAUGUAUCAUUAAUCUCACUCAACAUCAGCGAGUUCACACUGGAAUUAUGUCCUAUGAGUGUACUGAUUGUGGGAAGCUCUUCCAUCAAAGAUCUUCCCUCACUAAACAUCAUAGAGUUCAUACUGGAGAACAAUCUUUUGAGUUUAGUGAAUGUGGGAAAUCGCUUAGGUGCAGUAAUUACCUCUUUAACCAGAAGAGAGUUCACACUGGAGAAAAAACAUAUCAAUGUAGUGAUUGUGGGAAAUCCUUCAGUCAAAACUCUAACCUCAUCCAACACCACAGAGUUCACACCGGAGAAAAGCCAUAUGAGUGCAGUGAUUGUGGGAAAUCCUUCAGUCAGAACUGUUCCCUUAUUAAACACCACAGAGUUCAUACUGGAGAAAAGCCAUAUGAGUGUAGUGAUUGUGGGAAGUCCUUCAGUCUGAUCUCUACCCUCAUUAAACACCACAGAGUUCACACUGGAGAAAAGCCAUAUGAGUGUAGUGAUUGUGGAAAGUCUUUCAGGCAAAUCUUUGCUCUCACUGAGCACCAGAGAAUUCAUAUGGGGGAAAAGCCAUAUCAAUGUAGUGAAUGUGGAAAGUCCUUCAGUCAUAGCUCUAACCUCCUAAAACACCACAGAGUUCACACUGGAGAAAAGCCAUAUGAGUGUAGUGAUUGUGGAAAGUCCUUUAGUCAGAGCUCUGCCCUCAUUAAACACCACAGAGUUCAUACAGGAGAAAAGCCAUAUGAGUGUAGUGAUUGUGGGAAGUCUUUCAUGCAGUUCUGUAGUCUCACUGAGCAUCAGAGAGUUCACACUGGAGAAAAGCCAUAUCAAUGUAGUGAUUGCGGGAAGUCAUUCAGUCAAAGCUCUAACCUCAUUCAACACCACAGAGUUCACACUGGAGAAAAACCCUUUGAGUGUAGUUUAUGUAAGAAAUAUUUUAGCCAGAAACAUAGCCUGAUUAGACAUCUGAGAGUUCACACUGGAGAAAAGGCUUAAAUAUCCAGAUCAUAUUUUAUCUUUCUCACUCAGAAUGGCAAUACUGAAAGAGAUACUUUGGGACCCAUUUACUGAAUAUAAGCUCCUUUUUUAGGAAGAUAUACAGGCAGUCCUCAGGUUACGUCAGACUCAAUGUACAUCAUUUCAUGGUUACGUCACCAUCUCCCAUUUACAGUAUUUA